AUGCGAAAUUUGAGUUCACUCAAGCAAGAAUUCCUAAAAAAAUGGAUAAAGGGUCUAAAAAAAUACAACUCUCAAAAGAAGAACAUGAACUUGUUGGAGAGAAAGAAAGCCAUAAAGCUUUCUGCAGAUUUAGCCAUGGCUUCCACUAAAGACAAAACUACCCUUUGGAGAAAAUCCUUUAUUGCCAACACUUCAACAAGCAUAGAUGAACAAGACAUAUCAACAUCACCACAAAAGAAGAAGACAACAAAGAAAAACUUGACGAAAUCGUGUCGUCUUUAUCGAAAAACGAUAAUUGGAAGCAGAAAGAUCUCGAGAAGAAACCGCAGGAAGGAACGAGUCGACGCAAGUUUUAUCGCGACGAAACUGGUUAAGAAAAGAACAAGAACACUCAAGAGUUUGUUACCAGGUGGAAAAUUCAUGGAUGAUGCUUGUUUGGUUGAUGAAACCCUAGAUUAUAUACAAUCUUUGAAAGCUCAAGUUGAAGUUAUGAGAUGUCUUGUUACUGCCUCAGAGCUCUUCAUAAAUCCACCGUAA